UGGAUCUACUUAGAGGGAUAAAAUUUGUAGCUUGUAUGAAAGAUUCAUGUUAUAAAACUAUCCAAAUGCUAUUUAUUCGUGCUGCACCAAGAAAAUAAAUUCUAUAAAGUGCUUUGAGACUUUAUUACAAAAAGGUAUAUCAAAUUUGUUUUUUAAAAAAUAAACAUUGUAAUUUCAAUUACAUCUUUUAAAAUUUCUCACUGCAUAAAAACUUUUUUGUUAGUUACUGAACUAGGAAAUAAUAACUUUAUAUUGUGAAUUAUCCUGCUGUCACACUGGUUAUGUGUUUUUUUUUAAAAAAAAGUUUUAGUGUAAAGGGAAAAGGUUUUGAAAAGCACUCAGUUUUUCUUUCAUAAACUUAGGAAACUGCACUCCACUCCUCCAGUGAGGAGCAAAGAGGAACAGAAAAGGGCAAGCACUGCUUGCAAAUAAAAGAAGUGAAAAAGACCCUUUACCUUUACCUUUAAGCCAAUAAAUACAAUAUUAAUGCAAGUGAGUUUUUGACUGCUGGAGGACUGCAGGUUUUUUUUUGGGGGGGGGGGGGUACCAUUAAGGAGCUUUGGUGUGAAAACAAAAUGUAACCCUAUAGUGAUGCUAGAAGAGGAAAUGGGAUACUUUGGGACUGGAAGGGAGGCAAUGGCUGUGCAUUUUGGAGAUGUGGUAUUACUAAUAAACCACAGCCCUUCUAACCCCUAUCCAUUUUCAAAGCAGCACGUCUGCUUUUAAUAACCUGCAAAAAGAGAAGUACCUUUACUCUCUCAGGCUUCUGUCAGUCAUUCAGUUGUCCUUGUCUACAGGUGAUACCUCCUUGGGCUCACUGACCCCUCCCUCUGUUCCCUCCCUCCCCCCAUCACCCUUCGCACUCCACCCAUCAGAACUUCGUAAACCUUCCUCUUUCUACCUCUUUCUGCCACUCUUUCUGCAGAUUCUGAGGCCAACUGUCCACCACUUUUGGAUGCCUCCUCCUCUCCAUGCGGCUCCUCUUUCUGCCUUUGCCAACUACUCACGCUAAUUGGUGGUGGCGGUGGAUUCCUAGGUUGGCUGAGGAGGAAGAAGGUAGCCAAUAGUGGCACUGGCCAGCCUGUGGAUCUGGAUCCCAGGGACGGCCCCUGAGGCUGGCAGGGGAAAGAGCCAGCAGACUGCUGCAACCACCACUUGUCACAUUGUAGUUCACGCUGCUGUCUGUCAGCACUCACAUGAACUACUGUGUGACGACAGGCAAGAGCAAAUACUGUAUAUAGACACCAUUAUUGCAGAAUUUAUAGUAGAAGUGCAGUAGGUUUGUUCUUUUGGCUUGUUUCCCUCUGUCAGGGAAAAAAUAUUUUCCUGUGUUAUAACCAUGCACAACAAUAUUGUAUAAUAACCAUUUAUUUAUUUUAAACAUUUAUAUCCUGCUUUUUAGUCAGCAAGCCCCAGACUAGCUUUCAUUAAUACUGCCCUUCUGUCAAAGCACUCAAGAUAUAAUACACUUUAAAAAUACUUAUGUAGAACAACAGAGACCCCUCAGGCCAGCUGAUGAUUUCUUCAGGAGCUGAUGACAGAAACCCACAGUCCUGGGCUUCCUAUCUUCUGCCUUCCCUUAGGCCAGGGGCCAGCAACCUUUUUCAGCCGUGGGCCGGUCCACCGUCCCUCAGACCAUGUGGUGGGCCAGACUAUAUUUUGAAUUCCUAUGUCCCACAAAUAACCCAGAGAUGCAUUGUAAAUAAAAGCACACAUUCUACUCAUGUAAAAACAGCAGGCAGGCCCCACAAAUAACCCAGAGGUGCAUUUUAAAUAAAAGGACACAUUCUACUCAUGUAAAAACACACUGAUUCCCGGACCAUCUGCAGGGCGGAUUGAGAAGGCGAUUGGGCCACAUCCGGCCUCCAGGCCUGAGGUUACCUACCCCUGCCUUAGGGCAUGUAGGUUUCAAGUUGCCCCUGGGAAGGUCGGGGAGGGACUACCUCAGAUGUUUUCUCCUGCUCUGGAGGCUAGGACCCAAACCAAUGGAUUCCAGUUACAAGAAAGGAGAUUCUAACGGUCUCCCUUGGGAUGUUGUGGCCUCUCCUUCCUUGGAGGUUUUUAAGCAGAGGUUGGAUAGCCACCUGUCAUGUAUGAUCUGUUUGAGAUUUCUGCAUUGCAGGGGCUGGACUAGAUGUCCCCCAGGGUACCUUCUAUGAAUAUAUAAGUAAUAUAGUGGGAAUUACAGCUCCUGUUCUUCUAAGGAAAGCAGUAACAAGGCUAGCAUUGAGGGGCUUUCCCUUCCUUUCCCCCUGACCAGCAGUGGCGUUCCAAGGCAUGUUCUUGCAGACAUUCCUGAAUGCUUGGCUAUGAGGUCAGAGACAAUGAAGUCAUAAUACAAAAGGCAGGAGUGAGGAGAGAGCUCACACCCUCAUGGACUUAACUCUGCACUCUGGUGCUGCUAAUUAAAGAGCACAAGCUGAGGGAAUUUCAGGCUGCAGCACUUGAAGCUUUCCCAAGCCACUCAAGGAUUUGAUCCCCUGGAAGCUGUCUUAGAUAUUAGUGUUGUGAAUAACAGAAAUAAAGCAGCCGUAUCUCAGUUUGGGUAGGUAACUUACGGAAUGACCAGAACUUCAGGCUUUAAAUAGACUUUUUGUUAUUUCAUAUCUGUGCAUACAGUUCAGCUGCUACUUCCACAAAACAUCGCCUUGUGACAGAAAUCCUUAAAGGUUGCAACUUUUUAGCUGAAUAUGACCUGCUGCAAUAAUUCCACUUCUGCUCAUUUGACACCCUGGACUCUCUACUACUUUCUGUAUCAGAGAAGUUCCAUUUGUCUUAUGUUUUCCUGUGCAUGUAAUACGGUUUAACUUGGAGGCAAACAGCGUAGAAACCCAUAUUGCAUCCAUGUUUGGGAAAAGAUAGUUACUGCAGACAAGAGGGGAUCAAACACUGACAAGAAGAUGAGUAUGUUAAAACCGAGUGGGCUUAAGGCCCCCACCAAAAUCAGCAAACCUGGAGGUGCAUUACAGAAAAUAGCUGCAUCAGCUGCUCCUGCCCCGCCAGAAAAGACAGCAGCCUGUGAGAAGACACCAACUGCACCCACUUCAGAAGCACAGGAUGAGUUUGUGGAUGACUUCAGAAUCGGGGAGCGUGUUUGGGUCAAUGGGAAUAAGCCUGGUUUUAUCCAGUUCCUGGGAGAAACACAAUUUGCUCCUGGACAGUGGGCAGGGAUUGUUUUGGACGAACCCAUUGGCAAGAAUGAUGGCUCUGUGGCUGGAGUUCGGUAUUUCCAGUGCGAGCCUCAAAGGGGAAUUUUUACGAGACCCUCUAAGCUAACACGGAACGUAGUCACUGAGGAUGAAGCCAAUGGUACGCAGGCCUCUUCUGCUUCCCGGGCAACUUCGCCAACCUCUGUGUCAGCUGCUAGCCUCGUGUCUUCACCUUCUGCAGCAGUGCACCUGCCCACCACAGGUAUUCCCCACAAAACAUCUCCUCCUACUACUAAGGAACUCCCCACUUCUCAAAUUACCAAUCUUUCCAAAACGGCAAGCGAAUCCAUAUCAAACCUUUCUGAAGCUGGCUCUCUGAAGAAAGGAGAAAGAGAACUCAAAAUGGGAGACAGAGUUUUGGUUGGUGGAACGAAAGCUGGCGUAGUCCGUUUCCUGGGGGAGACUGACUUUGCGAAGGGAGAAUGGUGUGGCGUUGAAUUAGAUGAACCCCUAGGGAAGAAUGAUGGUGCAGUAGCUGGAACAAGGUACUUCCAGUGCCAGCCCAAAUAUGGUUUGUUUGCUCCUGUCCAUAAAGUUACCAAGAUUGGCUUCCCAUCAACUACACCGGCAAAAGCCAAGGCAGCGGUCAGGAAAGCCAUCCCCAUGCCCUCAAGCUUGAAACGCAGCCCAAGUGCCUCUUCCAUCAGCUCACUGAGUUCUGUGGCAUCAUCAGUAAGCAGCAAGCCAAGCCGUACAGGACUAUUGACAGAAACAUCUUCACGAUAUGCAAGGAAGAUUUCAGGCACCACUGCUCUGCAGGAAGCGCUGAAAGAGAAACAGCAGCACAUUGAGCAGCUCCUGGCUGAGAGGGACCUGGAGAGAGCAGAGGUUGCUAAGGCCACCAGCCAUGUUGGGGAAGUAGAGCAAGAGCUGGCAUUGGCACGAGAUGGCCAUGAUCAGCGAAUACUGGAAAUGGAGGCUAAGAUGGACCAGUUGAGGGCUUUGGUUGAAGCUGCUGACAGAGAAAAGGUGGAACUGCUUAACCAACUGGAGGAAGAAAGAAGGAAGGUUGAAGACCUCCAAUUCCGUGUAGAAGAGGAAUCCAUUACAAAAGGCGAUUUAGAGCAAAAGAGGCAGAUUUCUGAAGAUCCUGAGAAUACGCAGACCAAACUGGAGCAUGCGCGCAUUAAGGAGCUUGAACAGAGCCUGCUCUUUGAAAAGACCAAAGCUGAGAAACUCCAGAGGGAGUUAGAAGACACUAGGGUGGCCACUGUAUCAGAAAAAUCUAGGAUCAUGGAACUGGAAAGAGAUCUAGUACUGCGGCAGAAAGAAGUAACUGAGCUACGAGCAAGAUUAGAGUCCAGUAAGCCAGUCAGCGAUGUGGACACUUCUCUCUCCCUGCUACAAGAAAUCAGCACACUGCAAGAAAAGAUGGCAUUGCUAAGCAAGGAGCACCAGGAUGAGAUGAAGUCAUUGAAAGAGAAGCUUGGAAUCAGUGAAGAGUCAUGCCAUAAAGAAAUUAAAACCUUGUUGGCAUCCAAUGAAAAGAUGUUGAAAGAGAACGAGUCCCUGAAAAUGAAGCUGGAUACUGCCCACAAGGAGAAUUCAGAUGUGAUUGAGUUAUGGAAAUCCAAGCUGGAGUCUGCCAUUGCUUCACAUCAUCAAGCAAUGGAAGAGCUGAAGACCUCUUUCAGCAAAGGAGUUGGGGCUCAGACCGCUGAAUUUGCAGAGCUCAAGACCCAGAUUGAGAAGAUGAGAGUGGAGCAUCAGCGCGAAACAUCAAACCUGAAACUGAAGCAAGAAAAUGAGAAGCUGCAUCUCCUGAAGGAGGUUGAAACUCUGAACAAGAAGCUGCUGGAAGUCACAGAGGACAAGGAGAGAAGUUUGGAGGCCUUGAACACCAAAUUAGAAAGUGCUGAAGAUCAGCAUUUGGUGGAAAUGGAAGACACUCUCAACAAGUUACAGGAGGCCGAGAUAAAGGUAAAGACGCUAGAGGGGCUCCAGGCCGAGUGCACAGAACAAGCCAAGGUGAUUGAUAAUCUUAAAGCAAAGAUCAAAGGCACUGAGACAAAGCUCCUGGAACUAGAUGCUCUUCAGAUGGCAAGUUCUGAAGGUAAACUGGAGCUGGAGAAGCUUAGCAAGGAGCUUGAGGCAGCGGAAAAAAAGAUACAGAGUUUAGAGAAUGACAGGAAUAAUGAAAGUAGCCAGGCUGUUAGUCUGGUCAAAGAACUACAAGUGAAAGAGCAAAAGAUUCUUGAUCUUGAAAAUCACUUGGGUGAAAUAAAUCAACUUAAAGAUUCUUUGGAAAAGGAGCUUGAAGAUUUGAAAGAAAAAUUUACUGAGGCUGGUGAUGAGGCAGAAAGUAUACAAAAAUCUAUGCAAGAAACUGUUGAAAAACUAAACCAAAAAGAACAACAAUUUGCACACAUGUCAUCUGAACUGGAUCAGCUGAGAUCUAACUUGGCAGCCAUGGAGAAGAAAAUGAAAGAAAGAGAAGAGAGAGAACACCAACUGAUUGAGGCUAAAGCCAAACUCCAAAAUGAUAUAGCUGAAAUAAUGAAAUCAUCGGGAGACAGUUCUUCACAGCUUACAAGGAUGAAUGAUGAUCUCCGGCAAAAAGAGAAGCAACUAGAGGAGCUUCAGCUUCAGCUCACCAAGGCAAGUGGGAGAGCUUCUCAGCUGCAGGAAAAUGUGGAGCAGGUGACACGUAAAGCUGAAGAGGAGCAACAGGAAGUGCACAAAAAGCAUCGGGCUGAACUGCAAAAGAUGCAGGACAAAUUAAGCAGCCUGGAGAAGAAAAUUUCAGCUGGCCAAAAUCAGUAUAAAGAGCUGCAGACAACGCACAAAAAAACACAUUCAGAGAUGGCCACCAAGCAUGAUGCAGCCAUCAAGGAGCUUAAGCAACAACUUCAGGAAACACAACAGCUAUUGACAGCUGCACAAAAGGUGAACAGUGACUUAGAAAAACAGACCAAGGAGCUGAAAAAGGAAGCAGAGCAUGCAAAGUCCUUAACCUCUGUGUUAGCAGCAGCCAGAAAAGAGAUUGAACUAAUGUCAGAGGAGAUGAGGGCUUUGAUAUCAGAGAAAGAAACCUUGGCACAGGAGGGGAAUGCUUUAAAAUUAGAAAAAGGUUCCUUGUUAUCAAAACUUGUAGAGUUGGAGUCCAAGAUUGGGUUAUUAAAACAAGAUCAGGAAAAGCUUUGGACAGUGAAUGAAGAACUUAACCUGGAGAACAAAAAAAUCAUAAAGGAGAAACAAGAAGCUGAGAAUAAAACUCAGCAGGAAAAAACUAAAAACGAUGAAUUAAUUUCCGAGAAAGGAAAGUUGCUCUUAGAAAUAGAGGCAGCCCAAGAUGAUCUUCUUAAAAUAACUAGAGAGAAUGAUGCUCUACGCACCUCAAAGGCGGCUCUCCUCCACCAGGUGGAUGAGCUCCAGACCCAUAGAGAUGCCUUGGCACAGGAAUGUCAGAAGCAUGUCUGCCAAAGGGAAGAGCUCCAGGAUUGUCAGAGAAAGCUUUCCGAGGAAAAUGCUGCUCUUCUCAAAGAUAAGGAUGACGUCAUUCAGAAGCUAAAGAGUUCUUAUGAAGACAUGGCCAGGGACCAAAAGGAGCUGCUUCAAGAAGUCACUUCCCUGGCUGCUGAGAGGGACUCGCUCUUGGGGAAACACUUGGAUCUCGAAAACCAAAAUGUGGUGUUGAAAAGAGAAAGGGAUAAUCUAUUGCAGACUAGCCAGGAUCUGCAGUCAGAUAAGGAGACUCUCCUGGAAAGCCAGGAAGAGCUGCGUAAAAGCUUAGAGCAGGCUCUAGAUGAAAAGCAGAAGCUUGAUGUGAAAAGUGAAGGCCUGCACACUGAUCUAGAAGCAGCAAAUAAGGAACUGAAAAAGGUGACCAAAGACAAGGUUCAACUGCAGGCUGCUCAUGCCAGCCUUUCAAAGCUCCUAGACGAGAUCAAGGCCAGUAGGGAGUCAACAGACUCUGAAUGUAUUCAGCUACUGCAAGAGAAGGAAGCCUUGUUUUCUGCUGAGAGGCGGCUUUCGAGUGAAAGAGAAGAGCUUUUGAAUGAAAACAAGGCCCUUUCUGAAAAGCUGGCUAAUGUCUCUGAAAAUGCCACUCUUACGGAGAGGAUGCUGAAUGAAAAACUAAGCCAGAUUAGCGCAGAGAAGGAGUUGACUUCUCAGAAGUCCUCAAAGCUCAAGAAGCACAAUGAGAACCUUCUGAAGGAAAAGGCCACUCUGGAGGCAAAAUGUGCUGAGCUUCUUGCAGAGAAGCAGUCUGUGACCAAAGCCCUAUGUGACUUGAAGAGGAAGCAUGAAUUGGACAUCUCUGCAAAGAGGGUGCUCACUCAAGAGAAGGCCAGACUCCAGGGCAGUGUUGAAACUUUGAAGCAAGAGCUUGACCAAAAAACGGAAGAAAACCAAGAGCUUGCCAGCUACAAAUGUGAACUGUCCAAAAUCCUGAAAGAGACCCAGAGUGCCAAAACAGUGUUAGAAAAUGAGUAUUCUGCUUUGCUUCAUGCCAAGCAACUGUUAGCAGCUUCAUUUAAAAGUAGUUCUUCUGAGAAAGAGCUACUGAGCCAAGAGAAAGUUCGGUUGCAAGAGGAAUGUCAAAAGUUGAGUAAAGAAUUCAAAACGGUCCAUGAUAAUCUGAUAAUAGAGCGGGACAAUAGGAAACUGGAAAAAGAGUCCUUUAUGGUAGAGAACACACAGCUUCAUAACAGUGUCAGCCAGUUAGAGAGUGAGAAGGAACAGCUAACAUCCAAAAACAAGGAGCUGUUGACUGAGAGGGAUAAGCUGAAACAAGAGAAGUUAAAAUCUGAAUCUAAACUGGAGGAGAUUAUGAAGGAAAAGGAGAUCCUUAGGGUUGAAACAGAUCAGCUGGCAUCCAAUAUUGAGAAGUUGAAGGGUGAAUUUGUGGCAUUGACAAAGUCCAAAGCUGAGCUCCAGGAACUGCACAGCUGCGUCUCCAAGAUCCUAGAAGAUCUCCGUUCCAGCCAUGAAGCAUCUGAACUGGAACGUGUUAAACUUCUUCAGGAGAAUGAGAUUCUGCUUUCCGAGCAGAAACAUCUGAUCACAAUAAAAGAAGAAAUAUUGAAAGAGAAAGAAAAGUUCUCUGAAGACUACUAUAAGCUUCAUGAGGAGGUAACACUUCUAGCACAGGCCAACAGUGAGCUGUCAGCCAGCCUCUUGGCAUCUCAGAAUAAAAACCUGGCGCUCCAGAAAGAAAAGGAUGAGCUUAUCUUGAAACUGAAAGAAUUCGAGAACCUUCAGGCACAUGCGGCAAUGCAAAGAUUUGAGACUGCACAAACAGCAGAAGAUGCUUUGCAGAUAGUUGAGCAGGUGACCAAAGAGAAGGAAGUCCUUCAUAAAGAGAAGAUGGAAACUUUGACCUCACUGGAGGAUUCCAGGCAGGCGAAUCAGAAGCUGCAGAAGGAGUUGGCUGCCCUUAAGGGAAGUGCCGUAAAGAGCAAAGAAGAGCUGAACAAGUCUCAGGAGCUCCUCCAAAGAGAGAACAAGAAAAUGGAAGAGAUGAGAAAAGAACUAGAAGUACUAAAGCUGGUAGAGGCUGAGAAGUCCCAGCAGCUUGCCGUCUUGCAAGAAGAGAACAUUAAACUUGCCGAGGAGCUUGGCAAAGGGGAAGUCACCAGUCACCAGAAGCUGGACGAGGAGAGGUCUGUUCUUAAUAAUCAGUUGCUAGAGAUGAAAAAGAGAGAAUCUGACUUAAAAAAAGAAAUUGAUGAAGAGAGAACAUCCUUGCAGAAAUCCAUCAGUAUCACUAGUGCCUUGAUCACAGAGAAAGAUGAAGAACUGGAAAAACUCAGAAAUGAGGUGACCGUGCUCCGUGGAGAGAAUGCCACUGCGAGGAAUUUGCAUUCUGUAGUUCAGUCUCUGGAGUCGGAUAAGUUGAAACUUGAACUAAAAGUAAAGAAUCUGGAGCAGAAACUCAGAGAGAGCCAGAAACAACCACGUAGCUCCACAGAUGACACAGCCAGUGAUGCCCUCCAGGAUGAAAAUAACAAAGAAAGCCAGAUUGACUUUCUAAAUUCAGUGAUCGUGGAUCUUCAAAGGAAAAAUGAAGAACUGAAAUUGAAAGUGGAAAUGAUGUCUGAGGCAGCACUCAACGGCAAUGAGGAAGAAGCUAUUAAUUAUGACAGUGAGGAAGAAAACCAAGUCAAGAAGAAGCCUCGCCUUUUCUGUGACAUUUGUGACUGUUUUGAUCUCCAUGACACUGAAGAUUGUCCAACUCAAGCACAGGCCUUAGACGAACCUCCACAUUCGACUUACCAUGGCAGCCGAAAAGAAGAGCGCCCCUAUUGCGAAAUCUGCGAAGUGUUUGGGCACUGGGCUACAAAUUGCAAUGACGAUGAGACCUUCUGAUGCAGGAGAGGACCAGGGAAAACAAACUGCUCUGUGCAUUAGUUGGACCAUGUCUCCCCCCCCCCCAGCCAUUGAGGGGGCUGAUGACGCCGGAAAGAAAGGGCAGCCACCCUUGCCCUCCCCAACCUCUUCACAUCCAACAGACAUAGAGAUAUUUUGGUCUUCCAUAGCAAAAUAACUUUAUACUGCCCUAAGUUAAAUGAAAAUAGAAAUAAAUAAUUUACUAGGCAGAUUGCUGCCAUUUUCUUUUACAACUUCUGGGUUUGCAUUAUCUUUAAAGAGGAACUUCCCAUAUGUCAUGUUGUUUUGCUGUAAGGGGAAAACAGCAACUCUAGUUAUGUUUUAGCUUAUUUAAAGACCUUUAAAAUUAUGCUGUUAAUUUUCAUAUUUGCACUAUGCUCUUAAAGCUGCAGUUGUACGUUUUUAGAUUUUGUACUUUUCAACACUGGAAUGAGUUAAGAGAUGAGCUCUUCUUGAUUAUUUUCAUCUGCUCAGUUAUCUCUUGUUCAAAGAAUAUUUGAGCUCUGGUGCGCUACCUAGAGAUCAGUAGUGCCUUUAUUUCAGCAAGAUUUCUUAACAGUGUGGAAUUUUGUUUAUAAAAAAUAUCAUGAAGCAGGUAAGCCAACAAGCUACUGUGCAGAAACUUUUUAUAACAAAGCCUCUAAGCUGCGCACAUGGACGGACCUCCCUUUCCACGUUCUUUCAGCUUCUGUAGAGUUGUACAUAAUAAGUACAUAUAUAAAUAUAUUUAAGAAAAAGGUUUAUAUUUUGGAAAAUUCUUGUUGUCUUUAGUGCUUCUGUUCAUCUGAACUCCUCAGAGGACCUUUGUGCACAGCACAGUCACUUGAUUUAAUAACUUUCGAUAGCCUCAAUCGUGGGAGAUUUUUUUCUGAGUUUAUUUUGUGUGUGUUUGCAAAAAAAGAAAAAAAAAUCUUCCAGCAAAUUUGUAUCCUGUAAAAGGUUUUUAUUAAAGCCCAUUCACAAAUCAAGACUUUUUAAAUGAACAAAUAAUUUAUUUAUUUCCCCCUAGUCUGAAUUUAGUUCCAGAUGAAUGUAAAACUGAAAAUUCAAUAUUUAAGAAUUAUGGAUUUUCUAAGAAGCAAAAAAACCUUAUGUGAAAUGAAGAAAAUGUAAAAUCAACAGGAUUAUGCUGUUGGGGUGAAAUCGUGCCAUGCAUUGAAGCGGAUGUAAAAUUUCUGAUGGAGUUGAUGCUGUGGGCCACUGAACCCAAGUCAAGGUGACACCACUUAAGCUGGUAUAGGUCUCUCUUCUUCUGAAUGUCUCAAAAACAAAUGUAAAAAAGAGAAACUAUAUGGGCCCUGCUCUCUGUACAUUAAAGAGGAAUUUAACUCUUGUAUAACUUUGUGUGUGUGUGUAUGCACCUCUGAUGUAUUUUUCCUCCAGAUUACAGACAGUAUUUGGCAUAUGAGUACAAUUUAAUGUAAUUGUUUGAAAUUUGGAGUAAUGAAUGUAUAAAAGGGAUAGGGGAAAAAGCAGGGAAAUCAGUAUUAAACUAAACGGAGUGUACUGUAGCUUUAAUAAAACGUUUAUUCUCUUGUCA